CAAAACGCUCACCUAAAGCAACCGUAAACACCACACGCUUCAAAACCAAAACCAGCGCGCUUCAGUGUGAUGGUGAACUUCCCGGAUCCACUUCUUAGACAUUUAUUCUUAUUUUACACCGCAUUCAGUACUGAAAUAUGAAAUAAUGUAGCGAUACUGAGGUGGAAAUUGUGUUUUUGAGUUUCGUUUUGAAAAGAAAGUCGUACCGAGCUGGACUAUCGGUCUGUCAGCUGACGGCUCCUGUGACUGAACCGGGAAGAGUGACUGUCUGCUCUUAAACGUCUGACGCUGCUUUCAGAUUUACAGCCCGAGGCUCCUUUCAGUACAGAGAUGAGUGUCGGUUUGGGGGGGAUUUUUCAAACCAUUUAGCGUCAAACAUGGACCGUCUGGGACGACCCUUGGUGCACUGUAAUGUUUUGAGCGUUGUGCUUGUUUGCGCGCUGUUUCUAGUCUCAGUGAAGUCUGGCGGUUUGGGGGUCGCUGAGCUCAGUCUGAACGGGGUUUGGGCUUUAAGGAACUCGAACAGCUCCCUGUCCCUCAGCGCUGGAGUACCAGGAUGUGUCCAUACAGCUCUGCAGCUACACGGAGUUAUUGAGGAUCCAUACUAUCGGUUUAAUGAUCUGGCCUACAGAUGGAUCUCUCUUGACAACUGGACAUAUACCACUUCUUUCUCCUUGUCCGACUCUGUCAGAGGGAGUAAGAGGGCUGUUCUAGUAUUUGAAGGGGUGGACACUGUUUCCACCAUUUCUCUCAAUGGGAUCAUCAUCGGAAAGACAGACAACAUGUUCCGGAGAUAUGACUUUGAAGUUGCUGGACUCCUCAAGGAUGUGAAUAUUCUGGAGGUGUGGCUUAUGUCAGCUGUCACUUAUGCAUCAGAAAAACAGCAAGCCCACACUGCGUACAGUGUGCCCCCAGAAUGCCCUCCUGUUGUACAGAAAGGGGAGUGUCACGUGAACUUUAUCAGAAAGGCACAGUGCUCAUUUAGUUGGGACUGGGGCCCAUCUUUCCCCACUCUUGGCAUCUGGAAGGAUGUUCGUCUGGAGUCUUUUGACACUCUCAGGCUACUGAGCUUCGUCCCUAGUCCAAAAUAUGACACUGUCCUCUCAGGCUGGACUGUGGAGGUGGAGUUGUUCUUUGAUGUUGCUGUAGCUUCAAAAGGAAUCGUCCUCCUGUCUGUGCCGCAGCUACAGUCAGCAGCAAAGUUUCAGCUUUCUCUCAUGCCUGGCCAGAGCAAUGCAUCCUUUGUCCUCCAGAUCAACCAGAAUGUUACAGUUGAUCUGUGGUGGCCAUUUGGACAUGGUCAACAACCACUCAUAAAACUGGUUAUAGAUAUCAACAUGGAGGGUGGAGAGACAUUUAAUGCAGAGAGAUGGAUUGCGUUCCGUACUGUGGAGUUGGUACAGGAACCUAUUCUUGAAUCUCCUGGCCUCAGCUUCUACUUCCGGAUCAACGGACAGCCCAUUUUUCUGAAAGGUUCAAACUGGAUACCGGCCCACGCCUUUCAGGACCAGGUUACAGCUGACAGGUUGACUCAACUGCUUGUCUCUGCACAGAUGGCACACAUGAAUGUUCUGAGAGUCUGGGGGGGUGGGAUCUAUGAACAGGACCUUUUCUACAGCCUGUGUGAUCAGCUUGGCAUCAUGGUUUGGCAGGACUUCAUGUUUGCGUGUGCCUUAUAUCCUAUAGAGCAAGAUUUCAUUCAGUCAGUGCGAGAAGAGGUCACUCAACAGGUGAGACGGCUGAAGUCCCACCCCUCAGUAGUCAUUUGGAGCGGGAACAAUGAGAACGAGGCUGCCAUAGCAGACAACUGGUUUACUAUUCCUCAUGCACAGAGGCAACGCUAUGUGAAUGAUUAUGUUCAUUUGUAUGUGGAAAAUAUCAGACAGAUUGUACAGCAGGAGGACAGCACAAGGCCUUUUCUAGUGUCUAGCCCAACGAAUGCAGUGGAGUCUGAGAAAGAAGGCUGGGUGGCCCAUGACCCAUAUGACCCUCAUUAUGGAGAUGUCCACUUCUACAGCUAUGUCACUGAUUGCUGGGACUGGACGAAGUUUCCUCGCACACGCUUCGCCUCUGAGUAUGGCUUUCAGUCCUGGCCCUCAUUCUCCACCCUCAGAAAGGUUUCAGUGCCGGCGGACUGGGAUUUCAGAAGCAAUUUUUCAAGCCAUCGACAGCACCAUGACCUCGGCAACAAACAGAUGCUUCUGCAAGCAGUACUACAUUAUAUCCUUCCCAACAACACAGACCCAGUGCAGAGAUACAGAGACAGUAUUUACAUAACCCAGGUCAUGCAAGCUCAGUGUGUGAAGACGCAGACAGAAUUCUACCGCCGCAGUCGCAGUGACAUUGUUGAGGGCAAAGGACACACCAUGGGCGCCCUCUACUGGCAGCUGAACGACAUCUGGCAGGCACCCUCUUGGUCUUCUAUCGAGUUCGGUGGCAAAUGGAAGAUGCUGCACUACUGGGCUGUCCGCUUCUUCAGUCCCCUUAUCGCAGUGGGGGUUGAGGAUAAUGGAAACUUUCUGCUUUAUGCUGUCUCUGAUAGGAAUGUAGACUACAUUCUGAAAGCUACAGUGAAAUUGUACCGCUGGAACAGUUUUACUCCACAGUGUUCUCUGGAGUCUGAUUGGACCAAAGUGAAAGGGGGUGGAGUCACACAGAUGUUUCAGUGUCCAGUUUCCAAGCUGCUAACAGACUGCGGGAAAUGCACUCAGUACACAUGUGUGGUCAUCUUUGAUGUCAGUGGCCAAGGGGAUGUUGUAAGAAGCCCAACUAACUAUCUGUUCCUAAGCUCCCCACAAGAUGCUGAGGGCCUUCAGAAACCCAAAAUCACGUUCACUGUGGAGGAAGCUGGGGACAGAUUUAAAGUGAACCUGCGUUGUUCCUCACCUGCUCUGUUUGUCUGGCUGGAUGUGGAAGACAUUCCUGGAGUCUUCGAUGAUAACGGCUUCCUGAUGAUGUCUGGGAAUUACACCGUGUUUUUCACUGCAUGGAGAGUCACGACCUUGAAGGAGUUUGUUGACAAACUGCACAUUACAUCCCUCAGGGAUAUAUACUGAGUGUGUGUGUGUGUGUGUGUGUGUG